CCUCACUGUUAACCAACCAAACAAAGCUCUCUGAUGUUGCUCUCCGGUGGACUUUGACAGGGGAAGGGUAGCGUUACCUGCGCGGAAAUGUCAUAAUCGCCGCUGUGUGUUUGACAACUGAGCAGUCAGCGGAGGCAGUAACGACAGGCUAUCAUGGUCCCUGUUACGGCGGGAGAGGGCGGCAUAUUAGAGGCUGUACAGCGUGGUAAUCUCGAGCAAUGCGAGCAUCUCAUCCAGCUCGAUCGCUCUGUUCUCAAACAGAAAGGCUGGGGUGGCUUCACAGCGCUCCACUUUGCUGCUCUCCAUGGAAACCGUGCUGUGGGAGACCUUCUGCUGGACAGCGAGGCCGACCCCAACCUGCCCUGCGACUCUGGACAAACACCCUUCCACUUCGCCUGCAGGCAUGGCAACGUGUACACCAUGCAUAAGAUGCUGCAGCACGGAGCCGACCUCCACAUUCGAGACCACCAGGGCAAGAGCGCAAUGCACCACGCCGCCUGCGGGGGGAGCCUUAUUUCCAUGCAGUAUCUAGCGGAUAGUGGAAUGUUUCAGUUCUCGGACACGGACCAGUUCCUGCUGACGCCGCUGCACCUGGCCGCCACCAUCGGCAACGUGGACGUGGUGCGCUACCUGCUGCGGAACAAUCGGUGUGCAGCGGAGGCAGUGGACCAGCAGGGGGCGACGGCGCUGCAUGUGGCAGCUGAGCGCGGGUGUGUGGAGGUGUGUUGGGUUCUCCUGCAGAACGCCGGCCUGGGCCUCUUACACGCCGAAACACACAACGGACACACGCCGCUCGACAUCGCCAGCCGCGGAAACUCCUACCGUGGUCUCUUGGCAGGCAAGAUGGACGACAACAUCAACAACUCCGGUGUGAAUUCUCCAAACCGUCCUCACCACGAGCAUCAGGAGCUGAGCAAGCUCCUGUCCAAGUACGCCAACAAACCAGCCGACUACAAGCCCUCAAACUCUUACGGUAUUUACUACUGGACGCUUCUCUUGCCGUCCCUGAGCGGGGGCGUGGUUCUUAUUGUCGCCACGGCGAUGGGGGAGUAUGGGGGUGUGGUCUGUGGGCUUCUCUUCCCGCUAUUGGCCAGGAGCACGCUAACGCAGUACCACCGCAUCAGCACCUACCAGAGGUUUCCUAACCCGGUGUAUCUGGGAACCCUCUCAGCUGGGAUUCUACACUCUAUCAUCUGCAUCUUCUACAAGAUCCUCCCCAGUGUGUGGCCGUCGGGUCUUCUCCUGCACGUGUGUGUGCUGCACUGCUCGGCACUGCUGCUCCUCUACUGGACGCUGCUCAGGAGGGACCCCGGACGCAUGGCCGCCUCCACCUCCGACCCCCGAUACACCUCCAUCGCCGACCUGCUGCACCACCAGCAGAGCCCACAGCACUUCUGCACCACCUGCGAGCUGUUUCAGGUGGACAACAGUAAGCACUGCCGUCUGUGUGACGUGUGUGUCCUGAACUAUGACCACCACUGCCUCUUCCUCAACCGCUGCGUCGGCCGGGGCAACCACCGCCUCUUCCUGCUCUUCCUGAUUGCCAUGGCGAUUAGCCACAUCCUCUUUCUCGCAGUGGGCGGGCUCUACAUGAAGCCACUCCUCUGGGCGGAGCCUGUCACCACGGUGAUCGGGCGGGAAGCCUGGGUGGUGGUGCUGUGCGUCCUGAACGCACUCACGUUGCUAUGGGAACUGUGGUUGCUGAACGAGCAGUUCCAGGUGGUUGCCAUGGGAACGACGACGUAUUUCCGGCGUGCUCCGGCAGUUGCGCUAAGCCGGAAGGAACGAUGGAGGAACGUCCUGUUUUUCCUCCUUGAGGGACGCAUCCCCAGAACCGGGAGAGCAGGAACACAUAUGGUUUAAGGAUUUCAAGUGUGUGUGUGUAUGUGUGUGUGCGUGUGUGUCUGUGUCUCUGUCUGUGUGUCUGUGUCUGUGUGUCUGUCUCUGUAUGUGCGUGUGUCUACAUGUGUGUGUGUGUGUGUGUGGGAGUGCGUGUUAUGGUCAACACUCAAUCAACUUAAUGUUAAUAUAGUUCCUAAACUCAGGCCUCCCUUAGAGAUCGACCACUUAUACCGAUAUACUGCUGUGUUUUUGUGUGUGUGUGUGUGUGUGUGUGUGUGUGUGUGUGUGUGUGUGUGUGUGUGUGUGUGUGUGUGUGUGUGUGUGUGUGUGUGUGUGUGUGUGUGUGUGUGUGUGUGUGUGUGUGUGUGUGUGUGUGUGUGUGUGUGUGUGUGUGCGUGCGUGACAUUAUAGGUCUGUGUAUUGUGAUUGAAUCUUUUAUUGUUGUUCAAUACAUGACCACUCAAUGCUCUGUUAAUGUGUCUUAAAAGGAACAGUUCACUUGUGAUCUCUGUUGUGUGAGUGUUCUCUGUGUGUGUGUGUGUGUGAGAGAGAAAGAGAGAGAGCGUGAGUGAGUUAGAGAAAGAGGGAGUGUCUGUGGUGUGUGUGUGUGUGUGUGUGUGUGUUCUGUUCUAUUCCUUCAUGUGUACCUCAUACACCUGUAUAUGUUUACCUGCAUGCUUGUCUGUGUAUCUGUUUGUUUGUAUGUUUGUUUGUUUGUAUGCUGCAGACAGAGAUCCCACUGUAUAAACUAGUCUGUCUAACAGGAGGACGUUUACUUGAAUUUUACACAUUGUAAAGUAUUUUUGUUGCAAGUUUUAAAAUAAAACAGCCUUGUGAUGGUGUG